AGGAGAGGUGGGCUGUCCCCGCCGGCGCCAUGUGAUGCCCUCUCCUCCCCGGGCUCUCCCGGCCCUCCCCGGCACGGAGCAUCCCCGAGGCCGACGGUCGCGUCCCGCCGCGGAGCAACGCCCGCGGGGCCGCUUUUAGGGCUGGUUCUUCCUGGCACGAAGCAGCGGGAGGCUCCUCGGUGGUAUCCGGAGAGUGGGUCUGACCUGCAGCACCACUGUCCCCGCCGCUGUCCUCGUGUCCCUCGCACCCCCCCGAACCUUCGUGGGGGAAAGGGCAACGAAGAAGAGGCCUCGCCGGAGCUGAAAAUGGUCCCUCCUGGACGCUGUUGGGAGACCCUGGAAGCUGCAGACGACCAGAAGCAACACAGCAAACCCAACCUAAAAACCGGGUGAUUUGGAAAGUUGUGUUAAAUCCUUCUGAUGCUGGAGUUGCUGCUUGGGAAGCGGCACGUCUCCUCUGAAGCACAGAAAAGGGUAGGAGCUGCCGGCGCGUGAUUGCGGAGCCGUGCCUGCCAUCUGCCUCGUGCAUCCUUCGUGUGAGUCGGUUGGAAGCAGAGAGCCGAGGCUGCGUCCUCUCCUACGGUCCAGGAGCUCUCCCCUGCCCGCUGCCGAAGCCACCCCACUCCCAGCGUCUCCCAGAGCCGCCCAGCAGCCACAGCAUCCAUCGAGGACCCUCCUCGCUGUGACACUUGCCUCGCAGUCGGUCUGCCAGAACCUGAGCUUCCCACCUUCGCAGCCAACGUCGCAGGUUUUCCACUUGCCAAAGCGUUGCUUCAGCUAGGGUUAAAAGAGCCGUCCCCGCCGUCACCUCGGCCCCCCCCAUGCUUUUGGGCAUGAGCGCCUGCGGCAGGAAGGCGCUGACCCUGCUCAGCAGCGUGUUCGCCGUCUGCGGCCUCGGCCUCCUGGGCAUCUCUGUCAGCACUGACUACUGGCUCUACCUGGAGGAGGGCAUCGUCCAGCCCCAAAACCAGACGGCGGAAAUCAAACUGUCGCUGCACUCGGGGCUCUGGAGAGUCUGCUUUCUGGCAGGUGAGGAGCGUGGCCGGUGCUUCACUAUCGAAUACGUCAUGCCCAUGAACAUCCAGCUGACGUCUGAAUCCACAGUCAACGUCCUGAAGAUGAUCCGCUCUGCCACCCCCUUCCCUCUGGUCAGCCUCUUCUUCAUGUUCAUCGGCUUCAUCCUGAGCAACAUCGGCCACAUUCGGCCUCACAGGACCAUCCUCGCCUUCGUCUCGGGGAUAUUCUUCAUCCUGUCAGGGCUGUCUCUGGUGGUGGGGCUGGUCCUCUACAUAUCCAGCAUUAACGACGAGAUGCUCAACAGGACCAAGGACUCGGAAACAUUCUUCAAUUACAAAUACGGAUGGUCGUUUGCCUUCUCUGCCAUCUCGUUCCUUCUCACGGAGAGCGCCGGGGUGAUGUCGGUUUACCUGUUCAUGAAGCGAUACACAGCCGAGGACAUCUACCGCCCUCACCCCGGCUUCUACCGUCCCCGUCUCAGCAACUGCUCCGACUACUCGGGGCAGUUCUUGCACCCGGACGCGUGGGCGCGGGGACGCAGCCCUUCGGAUAUCUCCAGCGAGGCGUCCCUGCAGAUGAACAGUAACUACCCGGCUCUGCUGAAGUGCCCCGACUACGACCAGAUGUCCUCGUCCCCGUGCUGAGCCCCAUCACCCUCGCGCCCGCUCCCACCCAAGCGCCAACGGUCGCCGCGUCCUGACUCUGUUUGUCUUUUGUUUUUUUCUUUUUAGGCCACUCUUUCAGGGCAAUUCUCUAUUUAUAGGAGCAUAAAUACAACCAGAGAUUGGUUAUAUAACCAAUAAUGUAACUUAGAGAAUUGGCAUAUUUUCCUUUUUUGGGGUUGUUUUUUUUUUUUUUUUUAUUCUUCCCUGCAUAACUAAAAAUCUCUCCAAAGUCCUCUUCUCUCAGCUCGUCCCGCUGAGCAAACAGCAGUUCUGCCUGGGGGAUAAAUCCAGGGUUGGACUCAAGAGCAGAAAAAAGAAAAUAGAGUAAAACUAAGAAAAAGAAAUUGUAUUUUCUUGGUUUAGGUAGGCUGCAAAAGUUUGUGCGUUUGACUGUAUCAUUUAAUUAUAGAUUUACUGGUCUAAGCACCAGCAGGCAUAAAAGAUUUGUGUAAAUUUCCAAGAAAUAGCCAUCAUAAGAAAAAUAUAAAUUUUGUCUUGAUUCAAUA